AUGGCGGAAGUUGGAGGAUACGGAGGUCAUGUGUGUUAUAGUGUGCAGCGUGUGAGGCGCUCUCGAAAAAAUAGAUCAUCACUUUCGACAGCUUCUCACCAAGUUGCUGAUGGCCAGGGUGGUCAAGGCCGUCGAAAGCGCCAGCGUCGUCCUUAUCGCCCGUGGGGUGUUCCAGACCGUGGCUUCGAACCCUUUGAAUUGCAUCUUCACGAAACACCCUUGCACCUCUUCGAGUCUUACUUCGCUGAAAGCCAACAAAAUCACUGCACUUUUGCAUGGAGACAUAACCCGGGCAGGAUUCUGUCGGAAAGUGCAGAGACAUCUGAGGCUGACAGUAGCGAUGAUGGUGAUAAUGAUAGGACAAUCUGUGGUCGCGACGCCGAUGCUGAUGCAAAGGGGAAUAGAAGAGUAAGAUUUGGGGAGACUGAUCAAUCUGGGUCUCCUACCACUACCCAAACAUCAUCCAAUGAUCAUGCACGUGAAAUUUCCCCUGCUGAGAGUGUUGGGUCCACAAUUCACGGCGAUGCAGACGCGGAGAGUCAUGUAAGCAACCAUGGGGAAGACUACGUGAAAGAAAGUGCGAAAAAUGUCGAGGAUACCAAGAAAUCUCCUUACAUUUCAGAGGAUGACCUCUUUAAGGACCGCUGGUUCCCAGACCCUUGGAACAGACCGCCAGGCCAAAUGUGGACGAAUAUGAUCCAAAAUCAGCAUAACCUACGAGCAGCGAUCAAAGAAGCUGGCUUCACAGGUGCACGUCUUGAUUGGCUUUUCAACCAACUUGUGGAUCGCAAGAGAUAUCGCUUCCCCUACAUUGAAAAAUACUCGGUCAAAAUGCCUAAUCAGAGUCAGGCGGAAUACAUGCGUGCUUUAAAGCAGUGUCGAGAAGAAGAGCUUGCACAUGCAAAUCAGGUGAAAGAGUAUGAUGAGGAGCGUGCACUUGAGGAAUGCAAAUGGGCACUUGAGCUCUACAACAAGGUGUACGGAGUGGACUGGCCUGAAAACGCAGUCGCUAAAACACCAAAUUCAUCUGGAAAUACUGUGGACCCAGAUGGUAUUGAUUCAGAGUAUGAGGAAGAGGAAGAGGAAGAGGAGCCGUCCCCCAAACGCCAGAAGACUCGUCAGCAUACUUCGACACCCGAGCCUUCUGAGGAAGAAGGAAUACCAGCUCUCGGUCCCGGUAUCAGUGACCCAGGCCUUGGCCAGAGAGCGUCAGCAUUGGAGAUUGAGAAGUCAGAUAAGGCUUUCCGGACUCACAAAGCGGAAGUGAUGCAGUCAGGAAGGAAAGAGAGGGAAGCAGCGGACAUGAAAGAAUUCAUGCAUUUCGCAGUUCACCGAAAUUUCAGCAACGGUUACACAGAACCCUGGAAAUCCUUGGCCUCUGUGAAAACAGCUCGAGUCACUACGCGUACGAUAGGAGGCAUAAGUACGGAGUACUAG